AUGACCAGCCAGCUCCAGGCAGACGCAGACCUCAGGGAGCGCGUCCGCGACGCCGUACGCGACGUCGAGCAGGCUCAGCGCUCUUCCCUCGCCGUCCUCUCGCGCGUCCACUCGCACACCCAGGACCAACUCCCCGCCCUCCUCGCCUCGCUCGACCCGACCCUCACCCCGGUCCGCACCGCCCUCGCCAGCCUCGCCGCCCUGAUCCCGCCCGGCCAGUUCUACCGCUACAACGACUCGUUCACUCGCGCCAUCCAGCAGGCGUCCUACAUCGUCGUCCUGCGGACCUUUCUCGAGACCCUCGACGUCCCGACAAAGCCUCAGGUCGCCCACCAGCUCGGCAUCGAGGAGGCGUGGCAGGACCACUUCUUUCUCUCGACCGAGGAGUACCUCCACAGCCUCAUCUCGCUCGUCAACGAGCUCAGCCGUCUCGCCGUGAACCGCGUCACGCUCGGCGACUACGAGGCCCCGGUCCAGUACUCGCGCUUCGCCAAGGAGCUCUCCAACGCGUUCGGCCUGCUCAACCUCAAGAACGACUCGCUCCGCAAGCGCUUCGACAGCAUCAAGUACGACGUCAAGCGGCUAGAGGAGGUCGUUUACGACCUCUCCCUCCGCGGCCUCCUCCCCAGCGCCUCCUCCUCCUCCUCCACCUCGAGCACCAGCAUCAGCACCGCCACACGACCCGCCGCCGCCGCCGUCGCCGCCGACGGUGCGAGGCCGGCCAAGAAGCAGAAGACGGACGCGGGCGAGGCGGGCAUGGCCGUCGAGCCUUGA